AUGCUUUCGAAAUCACCACUUUUCCUCGCCCUGACUGGGGCUCUGUCCGCUGUUGCUGCUCCCAGUGCAUUGGCCCGGUCGGAAGAGCCAUGUGCGAAAGUGAGCAGGUUAUAUCAGCAAGCUGUAAAGGAAAAUGUGACUGAGCCUAUUAUGGUUGACGGAGGGCUCGCACAUGAGUGUAUCCAGUCCAUGCCCUUUGACGCGCAAAAGGGAGCGAAAUUUGUCUCCGAAUUAACCAAAUACAUCCAGUUUCAGUCAACGAUUGAACUUCUGGAAAACCCCCCAGCUGGAUAUCCCUCUUCCCCAACAGACCUCCUAGGAGGUAUGGAUGAGGUACUCGCCAAAGCUAGAAACAACCAAUUUGCUAGCCAUUACGAAUUUGAUAAUGCUAUUCUACAGGUUCUCCAUUCUGCAAAUGACGGGCAUUUGGGUGGCAUUUUGUGCUCAAACACAGUCUUUUACUUCAAGAACCUUGUAUCCUUGAUAUCAAUAUCGUCUGAUGGGGUACAACUUCCCCAGCUCUACACAUUAGAGGACGCAAAGGUUUUGCAAAAAGAUCCCAAGAACAUUUCUCCCAUUGUCGCCAUUAAUGGCUACGACGCUCUGUCGUACCUGAAUCAGUACGCGGAAUCAGACCAUUUCCAAGACCCUGAUGCGAGAUAUAACCACCUCUUUCCUUCAUACGCCCGUUACGUAGCCCAACAAGGACUGGCGGGCACUUGGACAUUUAAUAAUGGGUUGUGGCCUGGCUAUGCAGCCCAGAAUCUAACCUUCGCCAACGGAACAUCACUGGAAGUUCCAACACUUGCCCAGAUUGCGCUGGAAGAUUUCAAGUACGGCAAUGGUAGUGCUCUCUGGGAAGACGUAUGUUUGGCGCAAUCGGCGUCGGCAUCUGAUGUCACCGAAGACAGUCUAUCGAAGAGGUCCGAGACUGCUGGAAAGAAGGCACCAGCCAUGUAUCCAAAGCCUGCCAUGCGUGAUGAGUAUAACACAAUCUUAGGGUACUUCCUCGAGGAUGACCUUGAGGAUGUGGCCGUACUUUUCGUGCCUAGUUUCGAAACGAACAAGUAUGAAGGCGAUCCAUUAGCGUUUGCGAACCACGCCACCGACUUUGUCAAGAAGGCGGUUGAUGCCGGGAAGAAAAAGCUGGUAAUUGACGUUUCCGGAAACCCUGGUGGUAACACUGCCUCCGGCUAUGAUCUCUUUCGAGUUUUCUUUCCCCAGACGGAGAUGUAUACAGCCUCUCGUAUCCGCGCCCAUGAGUCGGUCAACCUCAUCGGACAAGCACUGGCUUCAUUAACGGAGGAUACGGAUGACUAUGGGGCCGAGGGCAUUGCUCUGUACGAUCUUGUUUCUCCGAAUCAAACGUACCAUUUCCAGUCAUGGGAAGAAUAUUAUGGACCCCAGCAGGUGAAUGGGGCCAACCUCAGCCACAUUGCCGCAAAUUUCGACUUCAAUGUGAUAUCUACCUGGGAACUUCCUAUCCGUGGAUAUGGUCCUGUCAAGCUGAACGAAACUGCCACUCCUUUCGCACCCGAGGACAUCCUUAUUGUGACGGAUGGAUAUUGCACCUCAACCUGCACGCUUUUUACAGAGUUGAUGACUCACCUAGGUGGUGUAAAGACUCUGGUCUUUGGUGGCCGGCCACAGAGCGGCCCUAUGCAGGCAAUGGGAGGAUCUAAGGGCAGCCAGGUCGCCUCAUCCGCUUUGAUUGAUAUAUGGGUCGAGGGGGCUAAGGCUCUUGCUGAGAAGUCCGCGCAGGGUGAAAAGCCAUUGCUCAGCCUGGAGCAGCGUAAGGCUCUGGAUGCCUCUGCUCCCGCAGUGGAGGAGCUUCCUUUCAACCUGCCUUCCCUGACUGUUAACUGGAAGAACUCGUAUCUCCGCGAGAACCAUGAGAUCCCGGUCCAAUUCCUCUACGAGCCAGCUGACUGUCGCCUGUUCUACACCUGGGAGAACUAUAAGUCGCCUGCGACUACCUGGACGGCUGCCGCUCGCGCUUGGUGGGGUAAUGACCAACGACCACUCUAG